CUAAUAUAAAAUCUAUAAAAACUCAUUUAUACCGCGUUAUUGGUUCCCAACUUCUUACCUAUGAGGAGCUUUCGACUGUUCUCACCGAGAUUGAGGCAGUUCUAAACUCGAGACCGCUUUGUGUCCUGAAUGAGGAUCCGUAUCCAGAACCGCUUACCCCCGCGCAUUUUAUAAUGGCUUCUCCAUUAACUUCCUUGCCUGUCGUGGAUGUUCCCGACACAACGAAGUCUCUAACUUGCCGCAAGAAAUUACUUGACCAAAUGAUUUGUAGCUACUGGAAACGCUGGCGUAUAGAAUAUUUACAUAAUCUUCAAGUUAGACAAAAAUGGUUGAAUGCUGUGGACAAUAUUAAAAUUGGUACAGUGGUUCUCAUACAUCAAGAUGAUCUUCCUCCUUUACGUUGGCCAAUGGGUGUAAUAACCGAAGUUUUUCCCGGCAAGGAUGGGACAACCCGCGUAGCCAUGGUGAAGACAUGCAGUGGCUCUUUUAAGAGACCUGUUGUCAAACUAUGUCCUUUACCAUCUCAAUAAUAUUACCGCGUAAUCCAAACUUAAUAUUAGCUUUACUUUACUCAGUAUACUUACUUUCAAUUUCUUUAAUUUCCUUUUGAGAAUAUUACAUAUCCUCAAAGCCGGGGAGAAUGCUCGCGCAAGUUUUACAUUUUUAAUUUCAUUAACUAUAUUGUUUCCAAUGCAAUAUCUGAACGCAUCUUUUCUAACAUUUUAUACUUCCGCAACCGCACAGUAUGAGUUGGCUAUCCUUCCCUUUCCCUCCUAUCCCGCUACAAUACACCAGAAAGAGAAGGAAGAUGCGCCGCGCGCACCAACUCUCGGCGCGACUAGCGCCGCAACGCUCCCGCCGUUGUAUUCCGAAAACUUUUCGAAUCACCGCGACACCGCUCCGCAUUUUAUGUAAAAAUAAAUUAAAUAACCGCACCGCUUCAUCUUAAACCGCUUAAAAUCAGUGUUAGUGUAGCCGGCACACAAGAACUAAUCGUGAGUGACAGUGUAUUUAACCUACGCGUAGAGGAAACAGCAUCGCAGGCCUGCAACAACGUGCUCGUCCACCAUCCAGCGCAAUGACAUACAGCGGGGUCCUAUCAAGCGAGUGCGUCACGCAGUACUACCGCAUGUUCAUCACCCGCCGGGUCCCCCCACGCACCUACCUGUACUUCCACGAAGCCACCCCCCCUCAGCAGCUGGAGCCCAGGAAUGAAGACUCGAGGGAUGCUGACAAACCCGUCACUAUAGAUUGGAGGAUAGUAGGAGGGAGCCAGGUGACGAUAGAGCAGGUUCCGUACCAGGUGCUGUACGGCCUGUACUGUGGAGGAACCAUCAUCGCUCCCGAGUGGAUCAUCACAGCCGCGCAUUGUAAGACGAAAGAAACCUUCGUACUAGCAGGGUCCGCACAACGCAGCUUAGCCAAGAAGUACCGCAUCUGCGCCCACUUCGUGCACCCCUUGUGGAACACCACGCGUCUUCACUCCCACGACUAUGAUUACCAGCUCGUGUUGUUGGAGACGGCUAUUCCUGUGACUCCAAGCUCCAGGCCUAUUGCUAUAGGGGUUACUGAAGAUAUUGUGGAAGGACAGCUGGUUUCUGUCAGUGGAUGGGGACAUACGAAGUAUAAGCAACGCGUAAUGCAAGACAUAGUACGGCGAGUGCGGGUACCAGUGAUGGCGCCUGCGCAGUGCAAGUCGCUCCCGCUCACCAACUACAAGACCAUCACGCCGCGGAUGUUCUGCGCAGGGUAUCUUAACGGGACCAAGGAUUCUUGUCAGGGUGACUCAGGAGGUCCAGCGGUCAGCAACGGCAAGCUAGUAGGUCUGGUUUCCUUCGGAGUAGGCUGCGCCAUGAAGGAGCAACCAGGGGUCUACAGCAACAUACCCCUGGUCAGGGGCUGGAUCCGACAGGUCACAGGGUUACCGCUUUGAGGAGAUAAACUGGUCAUCAUGAUGUAACAUGAUGUGAUGUGGACAUUGAUUUAACGUGUCGAAAUAAAUUAUUAC